AUGUAUAUACACACACUUAUCUAUCUAUCUAUCUAUCUAUCUAUCUAUCUAUGUGUUAAAAAAAGACAUUUUUUUCCUCGCUCAUAUCGACUGAUAAAUUGGGACGUGUUUGCGCGCGGAUUAAAAGGCUGGCCGCACGGUUGGGGAGACCAAGAAUAUGUCGCUCUGUAUUUGUAUUGUUUAUUGCGUUCAUUUUCUCUGUCUUUCGUUUAUAUUCUCUCUAUAACCGCCUUCUUCUUUCUCGAUAAUCCCAUCUUCGCUUCAUCUUGUUCCGACUUUCUCUCUCUUUCUCUCUCUCUCUCCCCCUCUCUCUCUGUGGCCACUUUGUCAUUUCUUUGUCUUUUCCCCUAUAUCAUCUUUUUUGAUUCUUCUCUCUUCAUAACCAUUUUUGUUUCUACUCUCUCUGUAACACAAGGUUUUCGUUUCUUUAUUCCAUAUAUUUCUUUAUUUCUUUUCCUCUAUUUCCAUAACCUCUUUCUCGUUUCUUUCUCUAUAAGCCCUUUGUUGAUUUUUUCAUCUCAAUCUAUAUAUAUAUAUAUAUAUAUAUUUUGGCUUUUACGUUAUCUAUCUAUCUAUCUAUCUAUCUAUCUAUCUAUCUAUUUUGGCCUUUACGUUAUCUAUCUAUCUAUCUAUCUAUCUAUAUAUCUAUUUUGGCCUUUACGUUAUCUAUCUAUCUAUUUUGGCGUUUACGUUAUCUAUCUAUCUAUCUAUCUAUCUAUCUAUCUAUCUAUCUAUCUAUCUAUCUAUCUAUCUAUCUAUUUUGGCCUUUACAUUAUCUAUCUAUCUAUCUAUCUAUCUAUCUAUCUAUCUAUCUAUCUCUGA